AUGAAGAUCCGUGCUGAGCAGAUCUGGGGCUUCCUGUUAGCGGUUCUGGGCUGGAUCUUUGUCGCCUGCUCCAUGGCCAUGGAGUGCUGGAAGAUCUCCUCUAUCGGAGGGCAAGGUGGGAGCAACGUCAUAAAAGUGGGCUGGUACUGGUCCAGUCUGUGGAGGGCCUGCUUCACAGAUUCCUCUUCCACAUCUAACUGCUACGACUUCCCCGUGCUGUGGUCCGUGGAAGGUUAUCUUCAGAUCGUGAGGGCUCUGCUCAUGUCUGGGAUGGCUGUUGGAGUGCUGGCCUUUAUCCUGAGUCUCGUGGGAAUGGAAUGCACUUACAUCGGAGGAAAAGACAAAGAGAAGAACCGAUCUGUGUUCACAGGAGGCAUCUGUCACGUAACAAGUGGUAUGCUGGCUGCCUCUGGUUAUGCACUUUAUGCUCAGCAUGUUUCUGCAGAGUACUUCAACCCCAGAUUUGAUGGAUUGGAAUUUGAAUUGGGAACUCCCUUGUUCCUUGGAUGGUCAGGAUGUGCUUUUCAGAUCACUGGAGGGAUUUUCUUCCUAGUUUCAUUCUGCAGGCUCUGGUCUCAGACAUACAGCAGUGCACCAGUUCUCAGCGUUCCUGUUGUGGAGAGCAAUGCCUUGCGUUCCUCUCACACAAAUAUUUACAUCAUAUCUGAACUCUCCACAAAAUCCAACGGAUCAGCCAUAUCUGAGCUCUCCUCAAAGUCUGAAACAUCAUCUCUGUCAAAUGUGCCAUCGAAGAGCACACGUAUCUCAAGAACUGGACGUCCCUCAAAAUCCAGACGCUCUGAUAAAUCAAGAGGCUCUAUCAAAUCAGACGUAUCACGAUCAGUGAGCUCCUCACAGUCCUCAAGGAUCAGCAGAUCACAUUUAAACAACAAGAAAGUGUCCUCUCCAUCUGGAGGCACUACACAUGACUUCAUCAAGAACUCCUACCUCUGA